GUACUGCCACGGUGACACUUCCCGCGGUGCAUUGUUCGUCACCUCGACUCGGCACUGUGACUCGGUCCUCACUCCAAGGGCAUUUCCCGAGUUCCAUAGCUCAGCGGACGGAGCAAUGAUGCUGAAAUUGUUGAUCUGCACAAUGUCAAUCCACAUCCGCGGUUGCGCCUUUUCCCCAUACGCGAAUCACGGUGGCGGAAUUAGGAUGUUUAACACCGCCGACGACUCGACUCGGACGGAAUUCCCUGGAGAAAACGCAUACUGCAUCUUGGGUGUAUCCGAGACCAGCUCGUUCGCUGAAAUCAAAGCUUCGUUCCGGAAAUUGGCCAAAGAAACUCACCCUGACCGCGCCGAGUCGAACACCACCGACUGCAAAGCUUCCUCUCAACGCUUCAUCCAAAUCUUGGCAGCAUAUGAGAUACUUUCGGAUUCCGCGAGAAGAGCUCACUACGACUGCUACUUGUUGUCUCAGAGAAAGAUAGUGCAGAGACACUCUAGUUCUAGACAAGGUUCAAGGUUGCAAAUGUAUAACUCGCAUGCUAGUGAUAUUAGAGAGAUGGAAGUUGUGGAAUGGUUGCGGUGGUAUAGGUCAGCCAUAAACGAUAUAGUGGCAGAGAGAAGGGUUGCUGUUGGGACGGGUUAUUUUGAUGUUCUCGAAGCCGAUUUUUAUUCGGCCAUCCAUUCUGCUUUUUACGGUCCUGAAAUCGAGUCUAUGGACCUUCUUCCAGACCGUUUUGAAGCGGAGGAAAGAUCUGUUUAUGAAACUCCAGAGGUGUUGCACUUGGUUUCUGGAAGGGAUGUUUUUGGAAUGGUCUCCAUUGUGAAUGAUAUUCUUGAAUUAUCUCCUUCUGCUGCUAUGAAAUUAAGUCCAACAUUUAGCAGUUUGGAGAUGCAUCAAUCUCCUGAGAAUGUGAGAGCCAAUGGAUAUGGCCAUGCAAGCUCCAGGCAUCAUGUGGGAUGCACUGGGAGAUAUUCGUCAGAUGCUUAUAAAGAUCUAGAAUUACAUAUAUGUGGAUCUGUGGUUGCUGUGGCGAGUAGAACUCCUCCUAAAUGCCAAAGCCAUGGAGUGCAAAAUGAAGAUCUGCAAGAUGAAAUACGUGUUUUCCUAUGUUCCAACGGUAAUUCCACUACUGUUGGGAAUGUAUCGUCCGAAAAAUCAUUUUUAGGAGAUCGGAUUCCACUGGGAAGUAUAAUUGGAUUGGGGACCAGUGCUGAUGAAGGAUCAUGCUCUGUGUAUGACAGCUGUGGUAAAAAUACCCACACUAUUAUGAAACACAGGACAUUCAUGGUGAAGCAUAUGCACUGGUAUGCUCUGGGAGAUAAGGUUUCUGUUUGUGAGUGUAGAUGCAGUAGAGCUCGGUUACUACCAAGCAAAUUUUGGCUGUUUGAGCCUCGUUGUGGCAUGCACGAUAUUGGAGGUUGGUACAUUGAAACAUUUGGUCGGGACAGGAAAGGUCACACAGUGACAUCACAAAGAUAUUGGGAUGGUUGUGAUGGAAGCGAGCUAUAUGACAAAAGACUCCACCCAGCAAUGUAUUUGCUUGCUCUUGCUUAUAGAACUCUAGACAUUGAAGAUGCAAGAAGAAAAAAAAGACAAGUUACGGAUAUUGUUGGAAAUAAAUUAUUGAGGAUUCUCCAUUGGUGCAAAAGAUUUGCAUAGACCUUACGUUCAACAUGUAAUAUCCUCUUUAUGCUUCCUUCUGAUGUUUAAGGAUGAGGAGAUUGGGUGGACUGGCUGAGGGUGCCGUAGGUAGUCAUUUAAUUAUCUGGCUCUAAAUCUUUGAGUUUUAACAUACUUGAAGAACCUGCAGUAUACUCAUCUGCAGUGGGGAGGAAAUGUAGAGUCCAUAAGGGUUUGAUAGAUGGUUAAUAUUGAAAGCCACUCAAUUGGCAUUCGGUUAUGGGGACUGUUGAUAAUUCUGGCAGAAGCUGUUCUUCCUGCCUGGUUUGCUCGCCCUGAAUUGAGGUGAUUUUUCAGUAAAGCAUUUGGUUGUAUUAAUUUUUUUUUAGAACCUUUGUGUUCCCCACGUUUCCAUUCUCUACAUUACUUGAUGUAUGGUCAUCUUUCUCACUGGGAAUCAUUUCCUCCUUGCAGUAUUGUCCACCUGCUAAUGCUCGACAACAUCUGUCUCUGCAGUACGCUGGUCUUUCAUCCGCAGCUUUGGCAGCAGCUGCUGCUAAAUCAUGGUCAGUCUUAACUUCUCCAGGUAAUUGAAGCAGCUCUUCUUUUCUGCAACAUGUAUAUAACAGAAUGUUGGAUGUUGUAAAUCGGUAGAGCUACGAGUAAUAUUCUUGAUAUCGUUUGGAACGUUUGAUUCUGGAAAUGGUGUAUUACAAGAAUGAGUGUAUUAAGAUUAUGUGUAUACUAAGAAUGUGUGGAUUUUAAGAAUGCUUUGUUUGGAAAACAUAGAAGAAUGCAUGAAUUAUACAUAAAAUGAACUAAGGAUACUAAAUCUCACAAAAAUGGUGAGACUAAUGGUGAGACUAAGUAUUCAUCAUUCUCUAUACAAUCAUUUUGUGAUUAACACAAGUAAAAAAAACGUUAUAUUCUUCUAGAUCAUCAUAUCAUCUUUUCUUCAUGUUAAAGGUGGUCCGGAAGAAAUCUCCUAUGGAAUCUCAGUCAGCCUUGGAGGUUCAUUGUUUCUAAUGGGGUGGCCAGCGAAGCAGAGGCGAUCUGGUGGCGCGUGGCUGGAGAUGGGCGACACACGUGGGUAAGUGUGUCUGGUUGUGGGCCUUGCACGAGUCUUUCUGCGUGCACCGCGUGUCCGCGCCGGUUCAAUCUGUGGUGGAGAAAUUGUCCGGUUAAUGAGUGUAGAACUAGAACCUGUCCUAAUCUUUUCCGCGGAUCAAUCUUUUCACUUGCUUGUUUAAAAGAUUGGAGGAAGAGUGGCUGAUUCUUGAUUGAGAAGUUGUGAAUUUUUUUCAUUUUCGGUGAAAGAUAUUAUGGAUGAGUUUUACGGUAUACUUUGAAUCUGUUUGUAUAGAAUUUGUUACACUGUUGGUAAUUUUUGUUUAUAUGUUAAACAAAAAUGGUAAACAUUAAAUUGGUGCUUGUAAAAAAUUUGUAAAUGUUUU